AUGGCCAAAGUCGAGGUUCUUGUCCCGUCUGAUCUCCUGGGUCCAAAGCCACCAAAGAAGACGCUCGAAUCCGAUAUUUCAUUGGCGUCUAAACCCAAUGACCUCCCUUUCGACCCUGACGCGCUGAAGCGCAAGUACAUGGAGGAGCGUGAUAAACGGCUAAAGUACGGCCAAGCGAAAGGUGGUAUCAACCAAUAUCGGCUGGUCGAGCACGACGGCCCUUUCGCCCAUUACCUCAAGGAUCCAUGGGUAGAGCCCGGCUUCAAGCGAGACCCAGUUGACGAGCAAGUUGAUGUUAUUAUUAUCGGUGGCGGAUAUGGUGCUCAACUCGUAGCCGUUCGGCUGAUUGAGGCUGGUGUCACCAACUUACGGAUCAUUGAGAAAGCAGGUGACUUUGGAGGGACCUGGUAUUGGAACCGGUAUCCUGGUGCCCAAUGCGACAUUGAAUCGUACAUUUACAUGCCUCUUCUCGAAGAGCUCAACUAUAUGCCAACCGAGAAGUAUGCCAGGGCUAAUGAACUCCUGAAGCACGCCGAAAUGAUCGGUCGUCGCUGGGGCUUGUACGAAAAGGCACUCUUCCAGACCGAGACGCAUGGUCUCGAGUGGGAUGAGAAGACGGCACUGUGGACGGCAAAGACCAACUGGGGCGAUACCGUCCGGGCAAAGUAUGUUAUUCCAGCUGCUGGGCCGCUACAUCGACCAAAGCUACCUGGCCUCCCGGGAAUAGAGUCGUUCAAAGGCCACGCUUUCCAUUCAUCUAGAUGGGACUAUAACUACACCGGCGGUGACACAACAGGUAACCUCCACAAGCUCUCGGACAAACGGGUAGGCAUCAUCGGCACCGGUGCGACUGCCGUCCAAAUCGUGCCUCAUCUGGGGAAAUGGGCCAAGGAGGUCUACGUCUUCCAACGGACGCCAUCGUCCAUCGACGUCCGGGGAAACCGACCGACCGACCCUGAGUGGGCGGCCUCGCUUAAGCCAGGCUGGCAAAAGGAGCGUAUGGACAAUUUUAAUAUCAUUGUCAACGGCGGCAUCGCGCCCGUCGACCUGGUCAAGGACGGCUGGACAGACAUCUUGCACAAACUCCUCGCACGUUGGCAGCCGACUGUGGGCAACGAGCCGGCGAACCCGGAAAAGGCUGCGGCGCAGCGCCAGAUCGCAGACUACGAGAAGAUGGAGUCUGUGCGGGCGCGCUGCGACGAGGUGGUCAAGGACCCCGUGACGGCGGCGGCGUUGAAGCCGUGGUACAACCAGCUGUGCAAGCGCCCGUGCUUCCACGACGAAUAUCUAGACGCGUUCAACCGGCCCAACGUGCACCUAAUCGACACGGCGGGCCAGGGCGUCGAGGCCAUCACGGAGACGGGCGUAGUGGCCAACGGCCAACUAUACGAGCUGGACAUGCUCAUCUACGCGACGGGCUUCGAGCUGGCGACCGAGUGGAGCCACCGGUCCAACAUGGAGGUGACCGGCCGCCACGGCAAGACCAUCACCGAGUGCUGGAAGGACGGGUCGCGCACGCUGCACGGCUGGACGACGCGCGACUUCCCCAACUGCUUCUGGGUGCAGAUCGUGCAGGCGGCGCUGUCGCCCAACUUCCUGCACGUCACGGGUGAGCAGGCCGAGCACCUGGCGUACGUGAUCGCCGAGUGCCAGAAGCGCGGUGUCCGCACCGUCGAGCCCACCGUCCAGGCCGAGGAGGACUGGAUCAAGACGAUCCUCGACAUGGCCAAGCUGCGCGCCGAGUUCCUCUCCGGCUGCACCCCGGGCUACUACAACAACGAGGGCACGCCAAAUCCGUCGGCCGCCAAGAAUGCCAGCUACGGCGGCGGCGCCCCGGCCUUCCUGAACCUGUUGAGGGAGUGGCGGGCCAAGGGGGACUUGGACGGGUUGGAUCUGACGUUUGAGAAGGAUGAGAGCAGCGCGUCAUGA